UUAGUUCUCUUUCCCAUCUCGGAAGAUGGCGGGUGAAAAGGCUGAAAAGCCGGCAACUAUGGAGAAGAAACCUGAGGCCAAGAAGGCUGAUGCCAGUGGCAAGGUUAAGAAGAGUAGCCUCAAAACCAAAAAGCCCAAAAAAGGGAAGCCUCACUACAGUCGAAACCCAGUUCUUGUCAGAGGAAUUGGCAGAUAUUCCCGAUCUGCGAUGUAUUCCAGAAAGGCCAUGUACAAGAGGAAGUAUUCAGCAGCUAAAUCCAGGAUUGAAAAGAAAAAGAAGGAGAAGGUUCUUGCUACUGUCACAAAACCCGUAGAUGGUGACAAAAAUGGAGGUACCAGAGUGGUUAAACUUCGCAAAAUGCCUAGAUAUUAUCCUACUGAAGAUGUGCCUCGGAAGAUGUUGAGCCAUGGCAAAAAACCCUUCAGUCAGCACGUGAGAAAGCUGCGAUCCAGCAUCACUCCUGGGACCGUUCUGAUCAUCCUCACUGGUCGCCACAGGGGCAAGAGAGUGGUUUUCCUGAAGCAGCUGGGCAGUGGCUUGCUACUUGUGACUGGACCCCUGGUCCUCAAUCGAGUUCCGCUGCAUAGGGCACACCAGAAAUUUGUCAUUGCCACCUCCACCAAAGUUGAUAUAAGUAGUGUGAAAAUCCCAAAACAUCUCACUGAUGCUUACUUCAAGAAGAAGAAGCUGCGUAAGCCCAGACACCAGGAAGGUGAGAUCUUCGACACAGAGAAAGAGAAAUAUGAGCUUACAGAGCAGCGCAAGGUUGAUCAGAAAACUGUGGACUCACAACUUAUGCCAAAAAUCAAAGCUGUUCCUCAGCUCCAAGGCUAUCUGCGUUCUGUGUUCUCUCUCACAAAUGGAGUUUAUCCUCACAAAUUGGUGUUCUAAACUUUUUUCAAAGAACCUA